UUGAUUCUUAACUCGAAAACAAUUCGUCUGCAUAAAGCACUGACACUUCACUAAGUUUAAAGUCUGCUAAUUUGCGAUCAUAAUUUUUCUUUGUUUUCCAAGAUUUUCACCUGCAUGGUUCCAACACUAUCAGUGAUCAGAUCAAUAUGCUUUCAAAAAGAACUUUGAAAAUAAAUUGUCCAUCAUAAGUAUUCCAAAAUUAUUUAUUUAGAACAAAAUAAGAAUGUUGAAAAAUAGAUCUUCUAGUUAUCCUCAGCUUCCAACAGACAGUUUGAGCCCUCCAGUAAUCUCAACCUCAUUCAAUGAAACAGUGCUUAAUUCGUUGUCAGAAGAAGAGAUCUGUAGACGUUCUACUUACGGUAGUAUUCAGAGCCGAGGAUCAUGUUGUGUAGCAGGAGAACAUUUUAUGACUUCUCAAAAUCAGGAUUUCGUUUGCCGGAGUCUCAGCAUGGACAGUGCUGUCCAUGUCGACAUAUCCGAUCUUACUGGUGACGUGAAUGCUCAAUAUGUUCCACUUUCUCUUAGGAGGUGCCAAAGAGUUAUAAUUGCUCCAUACUCGUUUCUUCUGUCUUUCAUUGGCUGGCGGCCGUGGUUUUAUGAAUCUUUAAGUGUGCGAUCUGGGUUCUGGAGAUUUUUUAACUACUUCUAUCCUGCAGUAGUUUUGACACUCAUAGUUUGCCAUUACAUUUCUCAAGUAUUGAACUGUCAAGGAAAAUACAAUAUACAUAUAGAUAUUCAGCCAUUACCAGAGCCUCCCCCUCCACCACAAGCUGUGGAUAUGAAUGGAAAUUGUACUUGGGGAUUAAUAACUUUCUCCUGUCGUGCUAGAUAUGUCGUCGCAUCGAAGGAAGUUCCAUCUAAACUUAUACAGCAGUCUUAUUGUCAGCAUAUCAUCCCGACAUAUGUGGUGCCCAGUUUUGUUCAUUUCUUGGCUUAUUCUUACGGAUUCUAUCAUUUUAGAGUGGUCUCCUGUGAACAACUGUUCUCACUAAUGGAACGUGUAUUUUUACAAUCACACUCAACACGUGGACUCCAAAACUCUUUGAUUCGUAAUACAAGGUUAUUUUUCUAUGCUGCUAUUUUGUGGCUUCUUUGUCAAGUUGGUGUAGAAGUGCUGUACAAUGUUACUUUCCCGCAGACGAAACUAGAAUUUUGUGGAGUGUAUUGUAAAUAUGUUUUCAUCGGAAUCAAAUUCGCUGGUAUGAUCUUAGUUCAAGGGGUGAACGUAGCUGUGGCCAUUAAUUACUGCGUACAGUGCGAGACUCUCAUACUCUAUAUAAAAUUUGUUUGCUUAAGACUUCAUGAAAAAUCAAUGGAGUUGAAAGAAGCAAUGCAUGAAAUUUUAGGAGUUCGAGAAUACGUCAGCAUUCUGAAUGGAAAUGUAGCAAAAAUGAUGGGACUGUGUAUUGUCAAUUUCACAGAGCUAACUAUAUUAGGUACUGCCUUAUUGAUUUUAAAUAGAGUAGAAAAACCUGAUGUCAUUAGUUACCGUGUGCUAUUUCCAACUUUUUGGUUCAUCGCCCUCGUUGCUCCCCUUAUACAAGUAUGUUAA